UUAGAGACUUCAUUGACCAUGAAGCCAUCAGGCAGCCUUCUGCUUUUGGUCAGUGUGGCCUAUUUGUUCCUCUUUGCAGACGCUGUGAGCCAUGGAGGCUCUCAGGCUUUUUGCAGCAACUAUGAGAAAACAGCCACAGAUGGAAAACCCUGCCCCAAGAUGGGCAAACCGGUGUGUGGUACGGAUGGGAAAACUUACCACAAUCCCUGUGAAUUCUGCAAAGCAGCUAUGGAAAAAAACAGAAAGCUUGGUUUCAAACAUGAUGGAAAAUGUUGAUUCCUCUGAUGCUACAAUGCUGGAAGUGCCUUUGAUUUGCCUUUUGCAUCAGAAGAUUUACUCCCUGUUACCCCGUCUCCAUCACAAUGUAUU